AUGCAUCGCAGAGAGGCAGUCAAGGGUUCUAUGCUAGCCUAUGGUCAUCUUUUCACAGACGACCGCAUCCAUCUAGGACGAGACGUCAUGACGAUUGCAAUGAAUUGGGCAACGCCAGAUACACUGGAAUUCCUGAUUGAACUUUGGGCUGAGCAUUUGCGCAAGGACACCUAUCAUCCAAAUUGGUUCUUUUCCGCCAACCGUGCACUUAGGAGACACGACUUUUCAGCCCAAAAGACAACGGCCCUUCGCCUUAUAGCCUCAUUCGGAGAGGACAUCGUUGAUGCCCCACAAACCGAGCUUCACAAAGCUGUUGACCUGGACGAACCUGCAACAAAUAAUCAUGACUUUCAAAGAAUUGUCACCAAAUACCCCUGGACCAUUGAUCAAUGGAAUCACGAAGGCCUUGCACCUUUGGCUCUGGCAGCCCAAAAUGGCAACCUUCACGCCGUGAGAGAGCUUGUUCGUCUAGGCUGUAACAUUGAUCAACCAGACUAUAGAGGAGUUACUCCACUGAUGGAGGCUUCUGCGAACGGACAUGUCGACGUUGUACAGUUUUUACUAGAUGCUGGCUGUUCGGUCAACGUUACUUCGGGGUCUGGAAAUACGGCACUAUUUUUCGCUGCGGAUCAACUGAUCGAAACAGCGCAAGACCCAGGGACUAUUAUGCAGAUGUUACUUUCUGCAGGGGCCUCAGUCAAGAUAUCAAACCUUCGGGGAAACACCCCUUUGCACAUGAUGGGGCUUUCUGGUUCUGAAAAGCUAUCUCGGCGAGCAGCAAUGACCAAAAUACGUCUACUUUUGGAAGCCGGGGCCGACAUCAACGCCAUGAGCCAUGGAAAAUCACGACCGUUGGAACGCGCUAUCUCGUACGACCAGCCGGAGUUGAUGAAGUGCCUCAUUGAAGCUGGCGCUCAAGUUACGGAACUGAGUGGGAAACAAAACCUGCUACACUUAGCAGCAAAGGAGGCCCGGCUUGAAACACUACAGCACUUGGCUGACAUGCAACUUCCAUUUCUGAACGUAAGUCAGGAAGAUGAGUGGGGGAACACGCCGUGGGAUGAUUUUGUACGGGUUCUACACAGCCCAGAACGGGAUUUGAGUGCUUCUCGAAGGCCUACCUCUCCAGAGCAAGAUGCAUUUGUUACAUUAUACAAGAAGCUUCAAGUUCAAAGCCUGUCACUCGACAUCAGCAGACUGCAGCGCAUCCACCAGCAUCUCGAAGGCACAACUUACCAUGGAGCUUUGAUGGUAUUACAGUCACUGAUUAGUGAAAAGAGGGACUGGAAGCAAUGGGAAUCGCUGCGGACAUACGAAACCAUUAGACUUCAAGUUCAGGAGCAGAUGGUGGAUGCAGCGCUCGAGUCUGUUGACGAGAACAUUGAGGUAUUGCAAGAGAAGAUUGAUGCGUCACCAUGGGAUCAAGUGUCAUAUUGGGACCCUUCAAAAGCAACAAUUUCAUAUGGACAUGAGGGCGACACCGAAUCGGAAUAA